CUUUUGCGGAGUCAGUAGCUGACCUCUUUUUCCUCGUUUUCCAUGUGCUCCAGGCUCUCCUGGCAACCCUGGAAUUCCAUCUGUUCCAUUAUAUCCCGGCAUUCCGUCCACACCCGGCAAGCCUGGAAAUCCGUAAAAGAUGAGUUCGGGACAGCUGAGGGUUCGCGUGUCAUGAUAAUGUUGUGGAAACUGAGGUUGAAGGACACGAGGAGCGCACAAGGUUAUGCUGAGUUUUUAUUUUGACUUUUGAUUUAUCCAGAUCCAAUCCGGUGCAACCACACACAUAUAAAAGUGUAUAUCUGCAGUUCUGCUGCUUCAGUCUUGAAGAAGCUGCAAUUCUCACGCCGUUCUUAUGUCAGGUGAACUUCUCCAGCCCUGUGGAAUGAAGCCGGUGCGUCUCGGUGAGGCUGCGUUGGACCUUCUGAUCCGGGGGGCCCAUAACAGCACUGACGCUGCCCAAGACAAUGCGUGCGGAUCCCUGACCACACUACUGCUGCUUAUGCUCUGCCUGCUGCUGGCCAUCAGACACCAUCGGCCAGAGAAAGACUGUGUGCCGGGUCCUUGUUUCCUUCUGGGUCUGGGUCCUGUUCUCUCUUACUGUCGGUUCAUCUGGUCUGGGAUUGGCACUGCCAGCAACUACUACAACAGCAAAUACGGAGACAUUGUGAGGGUCUGGAUCAAUGGUGAGGAAACUCUCGUCUUGAGCAAGUCAUCGGCUGUGUAUCAUGUGUUAAGGAGAUCUCUGUACACCUCACGCUUUGGGAGCAAACUGGGUCUGCAGUGUAUCGGGAUGCACGAACAGGGCAUUAUAUUCAACUCAAAUGUGGUACUCUGGAAGAAAGUCCGCACCUUUUAUGCUAAAGCUCUGACAGGUCCAGGGCUUCAGAGAACUUUGGAGAUUUGCAUCACAUCCACAAACACACACCUGGAAGAUCUGUCUCACCUGACAGAUGCUCGAGGACAGGUGGACAUCCUCAAUUUAUUGCGGUGCAUUGUGGUGGACAUUUCCAACAGACUGUUUCUGGGAGUCCCUCUCAAUGAGCAUGAUCUGCUUCAGAAGAUUCAUAAAUAUUUUGACACCUGGCAGACAGUUUUAAUCAAACCUGAUGUGUACUUUAGACUGGACUGGCUGAACAGGAAGCACAAGAGAGAUGCUCAGGAGUUGCAGGAUGCCAUUGCGGCUCUGAUCGAGCAGAAGAGAGUUCAGCUGACACACGCAGAAAAACUCGACCAGCUCGACUUCACAGCAGAUCUGAUAUUUGCUCAGAGCCACGGGGAGCUGAGCGCUGAGAACGUCAGGCAGUGUGUGUUGGAGAUGGUGAUCGCGGCUCCGGAUACUCUCUCUAUCAGUCUGUUCUUCAUGUUGCUGUUGCUCAAACAGAAUCCGGACGUCGAGUUAAAGAUCCUGCAGGAAAUGGACACUGUCUUAGCUGGCAGGAGUCUGCAGCACUCACAUCUGUCCAGGUUACACGUUCUGGAGAGUUUUAUCAACGAGUCGCUCCGCUUUCAUCCGGUCGUGGACUUCACCAUGCGUCGGGCGCUGGACGAUGAUGUCAUCGAGGGCUACAAAGUGAAGAAAGGAACAAACAUCAUACUGAAUGUGGGUCGGAUGCACAGAUCCGAAUUCUUCCCCAAACCGAAUCAGUUCAGUCUGGACAACUUCCAGAAGAAUGUGCCGAGUCGUUUCUUCCAGCCGUUCGGAUCAGGCCCGCGGUCGUGUGUGGGGAAGCACAUCGCUAUGGUGAUGAUGAAGUCGGUUCUUGUGAUGCUGUUGUCUCGUUUCUCCGUGUGUCCUGUGAAGGGCUGUACUGUAGACAGCAUCCCACAAACCAACAACCUGUCGCAGCAGCCGGUGGAGGAGCCCGCGAGCCUCGGCGUGCAGCUCAUCCUCAGAAACGCUCUCUGAUUCACCUCGAAGACGUCUGCUCUUGUGUCAUUAUUACCAUGUAUUUAUCUACUGCUUAUAGUAGUCAGUCCUCUGGAUAUUUUUGCUUAAAUUUGUAUGUAAGUGUGAACAUAAUUGUUGUUAUAAUGUAUAAUGUGGCUUU